AUGAAAGCAUCCGGGAUCAUCUGGAGUGCACUCUUAUUUCUGGCUCUAUGUGCCUUUUCCGAGGCCCAGCCGCCGCAGAAUUCGUAUUACUGGAACGUUCGCACGAUGGAGUGCAAUUUCUACGAAGCUUCCGGCUUCACUAGAUGCUCCCUUCGUCUCCCCCAACUGAAUUCCGAAGAGAACCCGCAGUGCCACGAAGAGACUGAUUCCAAAAACAUGACACGGACGUACUGCCGAAUCGGGUGCGAGGAAGGAGAUGAGGCGACGGUGCUCGCGAAAAAACCCAGCUGGAACCACAAAUGCAACCUGCACUACACGUACAAUUUGGAGCGGAGAUGGGAGGACUGGUUCCUGUGGCGUUCCGAGUCGUGCACCGAGACUUCCGUCUCUUUCACAAUUCGCUGCGGAUUCCCCCGGAAUCCGGCCGUUUUCUACCGAGAACACGCGAAUUUAUUCGAGUACGAGGAUGCCACCUCU